GGGUGGGGCCGACGAGCUGUGGGCGCCUCAGGGGGUGCUGAGCCGGGAGCUGCAGCCCCGGGAGCGGGGCUGGUUCCCUCCGUGCCGGGCUCCCCGAGGGCAGGAGCCGGGUGUGCUCAGGUGGCCGACCCUGCUCGGUGUCCCCCAGGCACGAAGAGGACGGACAUGGCAGACGCCGCUGCGGCUCCCCGCGGGCGCUCAGCUGGGGGACCCCUGCGCGAGGGUCCCGGUGUCCCUGAGGCUACCCCUGCCACGUGCCCGUGCCCCGCGGCUCCGACAUGUCCCGAGCUGGGCGCCCUCCCGCGGCAGCGCAGAGCACCCUUGGGUGCUGCCAUCCAGGAAGACUGUAGGAACCAGGUGUCUGUUAUUCUGCCUGUUCACAAUAGUGAAAGCUGGUUGGAUGGAUGCUUAAAGUCAGUUUUGGAACAAGAUUUUCAAGGCACCAUGGAACUCUCAGUAUUCAAUGAUGCUAGCAAGGACAAUUCUAUUAGUAUACUUGAAAAGUGGAAGAUCAAGUUAGAAGAUGUGGGAAUACAGGUCAUCAUUGGUGGUCAUGAUUCACCUCAACCCCAAGGAGUUGGCUUUGCUAAAAACCAAGCAGUAGUGCAGAGCUCAGGGAUCUAUCUCUGCUUUCUGGAUUCGGAUGAUGUUAUGAUGCCACAGAGAGUUAGAUUGCAGUAUGAAGCUGCCAUUCAGCAUCCAAACAGUAUUAUAGGCUGCCAAGUCAAGAGGGAACCGCUGGAGUCUACUGAGCGAUAUACUCGUUGGAUCAAUAACCUGACACAGGGACAACUUCUCACACAGGUGUUUACCUCUCAUGGGCCCACUGUGAUCAUGCCAACCUGGUUCUGCUCCCGAGAAUGGUUUUGCCAUGUGGGCAAAUUUGAUGAGGGUGGGAAGGGCAUCCCAGAAGACUUGCUGUUUUUUUAUAAACAUGUCCAAAAAGGCGGCAGAGUCUUUCGAGUGGACCAGUGCCUCCUCCUGUAUCGCUACCAUCCCCAGGCUGCAACUCAUUCUGUCCUAGAGGAAACCAUCUGGAAUCAUCGAGUCAGAUUUCUGGAAGACAGAGUCCUGAAGCACUGGGCGUCUUUCACCAUUUGGAACGCUGGCAAACAGGGCAGGAAGCUCUACAGAAGCUUAUCACCAGCUAAUCGGAGAAAGGUAGCUGCAUUUUGUGAUGUUGACAGAAAUAAAAUAGUAAAAGGAUUUUACACUUAUGAAGAAUCUGAGGAGAGACCAAAACCAAAAAUUCCUAUACAGCAUUUCAGAGAGGCAACCCCUCCUUUCAUUAUCUGUGUAAAGAUGGAUUUGACAGGUGGAGUAUUUGAAAAAAACUUGAACGAACUGAACUUGAAAGAGGGACUGGAUUAUUAUCAUUUCAACUGAAAGCUGAGCAGCCUAUUCAUCUUCAUGAAGUUUAGGAGUUCUCCUGAAACCUCUCUUCCUGUGAAGAAUGAUGAAAGAACCCCCACAUUGUUUAGUAUCUCUUAUGUUUUUCUCAAAUGUGGAAGGCAUGAGAUCUUUAGGUUUGUUUCUCAUCUGCUGACACUAGAAAGGAAGUGCAAAGACCAACGGCUCUACAGAAUAAUUAUCCGAUAUAACCUUCCCUUAAUCAGGCUUCAGUGGCAUUGGAUCUCCUGAGCCCUAAGCCAAGGAAACAGGCUACAUAAAUUAUACUUCUUGGAGAAGAGUUUGUAUUUAUUCCCUGGUUGGAUUUUCUUAUAGUUGUUUCUUAUAACUGUUACUCCUGGAAUAAGAGUCGCUUCUCUGGGGUCUUCACAAUCAACGGGACCAAAAUAAACUAUCUGCUCUUGUAAUGAGUUACAGACCCAAAUUAGAGUGAAGACUGUGCAUUUCCUUCUGUCCAUAUUAUCACCCAUCUUCAACAUCAAGCUUCUCCAUAAACAGGAUUCAAACUGAGACUCUGAGGUCAGAUGAAUCAUUCCUGUGUCAGUGGUGGUGCCAGGAUAUUUGAACUAGCUCUUGCUGCCAAAUUUAUGAGAGUCCACAAAUCCUCGCUUUAUGAACACAACCACUAAGGAUAUUUCCUUAGGUAUUAACUUGAUCUUUUCUUUGAUCUCAUGGUAGAGGUCUCUAGUCCAUCACAGCAGGACAAGUACCGCUUGCCAAUAACAGUUAGAACAAACUUCAAAGCUGCUUCAGCAGCCCUAAGGAUGGCAUUUAUUUUCUUGCCUGCAGGAUCUUUUAGUAGGAAAGCUCCCUCAGCAGUAAUUAACAUUGCUGCAGGAACCUAAGAGUGAAAAAGUAUCUCUGGGUUCAGGUUCUGUGACCUUGUACAAUUUCAGGGCUUGCAAACUGCGCUAUUUUCUGGGCCUCCCCUAAUGAACUGUUUCAAAGCAGAAUGAAGAUAAUGAUAUGUAUUUAUUUGUCCAGCAUCUUAUUUAAACUAUUUCUUCUCCUCACAGUAUGAAUGUGUCUGAAGGAAAAGAAUGCUUACGCUCCAUUGGCUCAGGUUACUGUGAUUGAAGCAGAGGGUUCUCUACCUUUAUGGGGGCAGCUUCUCCAAAGGAAGCUGCUGGGUAAUUCUGAAAUCAACUUUUUAAGAACAACAGGCUAUAUGAACAGAGAUUGCUCUAAAGGCAGGCCACCACUUCUAAUCCAACUGCUGCCACGGCUUCCAUCCCACUUUGUAGCUGCUUACCUCCCACUGAUCCCCCUGCUGCCAAAUUUCCACAGACACCCUGACUUCCAAGACUGAGUACAAUCACAGAUUUGGCCUGCAGGCUGUAGGCUGUUGACCCAUACCUUAGGGCCUAUUUAUCUACCCUCAGAGAACUUCAUUUUAUGUAUUAGCUUUAGGAAUACAAUUUUCCUGAAUGUUUCAAUAACUUUUUGUUCUAAACAAAAAGUUGAUAUAUUGAGAUGUCA